CUCGCAGUACAGAUGUCUGUUUGAGUUCUACUGACUGGGGCCAGCUUUGGAAGAAAACAUGGAAAAAUAAUUGUAACGAACAUCAUUAUUUGAAAAUUACCAGGGACAUAUGCUGAGAGAAGCUGCAGAGGAGACAUCGAUUGUGCAGAUUGAUAUCAGCCAAUUGGCAAGGCACAUUCAGAAUGGUCUUCCCUCCAGUACCAGUCCCGGCCAUAGUAUUUAUGGCGGUUAUCGGCGGCUGUUGCCUUCUUUUACUUGUCUUAUACCAGUGCUUGAAAGCUGGAAUGUUUUUUAAGACCGAACCACCGGAUGACAGACCGGACGAGAAAGGAUACGCCGAGCUUGGUGAAGCUUACGGCACUGAAACAGAUGAUGACUAUGUUGGGCCAUCCUCGAAAGCUACAAGCCGUAGAAGCAGCUUUAACACAAGCGGCAGCAAGUCGGAUGGCGAGUUGGCUCUUGGCGAUAGUGCUUCAGUUUAUGGGUACGGCAAAUAUUCGGACGGUGAAUAUAGCCCAGCCGGUGCUAGACGCGCUGUAUCGGCCUAUGGCGAAGCAAUUGAUGUCGGUCAAGAGGAGUUUCUUUCAACAGCUGGGAGAUUGCAAGUUUCUGCAAGUUAUGCCCCCACAGCGGAGAAGUUAGCGGUGACUGUUAUUCGCGCCGAGGAUGUCCCUACGAAACAGCGCGGUGGUGCGGGCAGUGUUCAAGUCCGUGUUGUACUGCUACCUUCAAAGAAGCAACGAUUUAAAACAAAAGCAAAACCAGCCACAAAUCCGAACUUUCACGAGACAUUUACAUUCAGUCGAGUUCCUCAGAGUGAUUUACACGAAAGUGGCCUCAGGUUUAGGUUGUAUGGCCACGAAAAAAUCUCCAGGGAUAAAUUACUAGGCGAAAUGACUAUCAGUCUGACUGAAUUCGAUUUAGAAGGCGAUGGAGAGGCACUCUGGCGAACGCUUACACCAAGAAAUGCCUUGAGCAGCUCUGACUCCAUGUACGAUUUGUCAGAUACCGGUAGUGUGAGAAGUUUUGGGUCUCAUGGAUCAGUGUCUUCUCUGGCAAUGACUCCAAGUGGGGCUCCAGAAUUGCUUGUCUCGCUCUGUUAUCAGUCUCUCACUGGUCGCCUAACUGUGGAAGUGCUGAAGGCCAGCAACCUCCGUAAUGUAUCGAUGCAACGCGCACCAGAUACUUAUGUCAAAGUGGCAAUGUUCAACUCCAUUGGACAGCAACUAUCCAAAAGUAAAACAUCAAUACGUCGCAGCAUGUGUGACCCAGAAUACAACGAGAACUUUGUAUUCCAGAUCAUUGAAUUUGAACUACCUAGUGUUAGCCUCAUGUUCUCUGUUGUCAACAUCAAGAAAAUGAGAAGAAAGGAAAUUAUAGGAUGGUUCUCAAUGGGGCGGGAUAACACUGGUGAAGAUGAGGAAGCCCACUGGAAAGAAAUGAUUGAAGCUAAAGGUCAACCACGGAAGAGAUGGCAUAUUCUAAGUGCUGUGGACUAUUAAAAACUGCAGCAAAUACAAGUGAUUCUAAAAGAUUCAGAUUUAUUAAAUAAAUUAGCAAUUUUACAAAUGUAGCAUUAUUAAUUUGUUAGAUUGAUUUAUUUGUUAAAUAUUUAUUUCCCAAUUUCAAGAGUAUUUUUUUACUCAGAAGUGUGUGGUGUUUUGUUUAUUUAUUUUUUCAUUUGCGUUGCUUUGCAACAUUGUACAAAGUUUCAUAUUGGACUAUUUGCAGUCCAUUUGCAGAAAAAAAUUUUAGGUAAGUAACAAUUUAUGUGAUAGGACAGACAAAGGAAAACAAACUACAUGGGGUAUGUUGGAUGUGGGAUCAAAAUAAAUACAUAAUUAAUUAAGAAAUUAAUAAUUUAACAAAUGAAUAGAUGUGUACAUCAAAAGAUGUAAUUGGUCACAAUAGAUUGUGUAAAUUAUCUAGUUGGAAAUCCAAAGGAAUCACUGCUAAACUCAAAAACUGUGAACAUCUAAAGUACAUCUAGAAUGUCUUCAGUGUUUAGAACAAUCCCAUGAGAUUAGGAUGUGACAAGAUACCACUAGCUAAUCAGCAUCAUUGUAUACGGUUACAAUUUCUCAUGCUGACUGUCUCAUUUUUCCUCCACACAAUGGCCCGAUAUAUACUGGAGACGGAUCUUCCGUCCAGACAGAUCAUCUGUCUAGUAUAAAUACAUGAACGACUAUGAGACGAAGUAUGGGUGUGUCAUGUGACUCGUCCUGUGUUUUAAACUGGACGAGUUUUCUGAACGGAUUUCCGAGAAAGCACAAUGAAAAGGCUUGGGCCCUAGUCAAAUGUUUUAGAGCGGCAUUGACUUGUCCACCAUCUUGAAUUGAUAGUUUAUUGAAAACAACCGCUGGCUUCUUGUAACGAGGUGUAGUUUUCGUGGAUAGUUCAUCUUCUUCCCGCAUUUGUACACACCGACGGAUCAUCCGUCUUGACGAGUUAUCCACAAUAAUUCAUCUGACAAGACAGACUAUCGCAAUAGCUCGUCUGUAUGGAUGAUCCAACUGGUUGCGCGUGUUUAUACACAGACAGAUUAUCAGACGAGCUACUGUUCCUUGCCCAAGCUCGUCCAAGAUGGAUGAUCCGUCUCUAGUAUAAAUCGGGCCAAUCACAUUCUAGAAAUAAUUCGGCUGUUCACAGCUUUCUGAGUUUCACAAUAAAUUAUGAAUUAACAUGUUUAUAAUGAACACUAGUCCAACAAAGCCACUAUGCCUUUCUUUUAUGUUAGGAUUCCAAGAUGAUUCCCAUGAAAAUAUCAGCCACCUUACUGCUACUGAAAAUUGUUUGGACCAGAGCGUUCUGUAAAAUCUUGGGAAAUCUGUGCUAACUUAACUUAUAAUGUGGAAUAAGCCAAUAGAGAUUUAAACCUUCUGAUAUUUGAACCUGAUUACUCUGUUGUUAUUUCAGUAAUGUGGAUUAUGGAAGUGUUCAAAAAUUAAAGAAAAUGGUGACUUCAAAAUGCAAAAAAUGAUAAAUAUGCAGAGCUGGAUGGCCCUGAAGAGAUUUCAAUGAAAUAAAGUGUGUUGCCACAUUAUUUAUACAGCUAUUUGCAGAAAGGUUGUCAUAAAAGGGACAAAGCGCAUGCAACAAUCUCAAAAGCUAAUCUGGGUAUUUGUGUAACCAAUAAAUUUUAAUAAAUGGAACAAUUAAACAUG